AUGGCAAAAUCCGGAUUGCCCGUGCAUUUCCCCGAGAUUGCCGUUGUAAGCUUUUCGCGCCUCAUGACGGGGUUCGACUGGAAAGCCCCUGGGUGCCCGCAAUUUCCCUCGGGAAUCUUCGGAAACGCCUGGGCUCUGGUUGGAGCGGGAUCAUCGGGGUCUGUUGUGGCCUCCCGUCUCUCAGAGAACCCGGAUUGGAAGGUACUCUUGAUAGAGGCGGGAGGCGAUGAAACUGAAAUCUCGGACGUGCCCGCACUCGCCGGAUACUUGCAACUGGGUCGACUGGACUGGCAGUUCAAAACCGAACCUCAACCCACGGCUUGUUUGGCGAUGAAACACUGGGAACCCAAGCUCAAAUCAAGUCGCGACGUUUUCACAGUCUGGUCGCGACGAAUCAAAUUUUCCGUGGGGGAGAAAUUGGUGUCCACUGAAGGCCGGCUUUUAAAUGCAAAUCAACAGUCGGUUGACGAAUGUGAAAGACCGUUCGACCAGAAAAAAGAAAACACCUCUUAA